AUGGUUCGAGACCAAGAACGCGCGCCGCUCGCGCCGUACCGCAAGGUCCUCUGGCUCCGCCAGCCGUACCCGGACAACCACGUCGACGCCUCGUUCCUCUCCGACCUCCAGCGCAACGUCAACGUCCACCCGGCGUCGCUCCCGGCCCUCCUCCGCCAGACGGUGCCCAUCACGCAGCACCUCUCGUGCACCUUUGUCUUCCUCGCCGUCUUUAUCCGCCUGUCGCACGGCACCCUCUCGUCGUCGACCCUCCUCGUCGCGUGCGCCGUCCUGAGCGCCGCCUUGCGCCUGUGGUCGUGGCUCAUCGGCGAGGCGACUUCCCUCUUCGGCACCACCAACAGCGGCGGUGGCGGCGGCGACAGGGCAACGACGACGACCGCGACCGCCGCGCCCUUGAUCCCGCUCGUCGCGCUGUACCUCCUCGCGCCGGCACUCAAGACGCUCACGCGCGCGACCACGUCCGACUCGAUCUGGGCCCUGAGCGGCACCCUGUUUGCGCUCAACGCGCUCCUCGCCGACUACCGCGCCAUCCCGCUCUCGUCCACCUUGCGGUGGUCGCGCGACCGGGCGGCGCCGACGACCUCGCCGGCGACGACGACGACGACGACGAUGGCGCGCCGGGCCGCCCUCCCCUCGACCAUCUCGCUCACGGCCGCCCUGUCAGGCUCGACCGUCCUCGCGUCUCGCCUCUCGUCCAACUCGUCCGUCUUCUCCCUCCUCCUCUUUGCGACCCUCUGGUUCGGGCCCCUCCCGCUCCUGCGCUCGUCGCUCCCCUUCCGCCCGACCCUCGCCCUCACGACCGCGCUCGCCGGCGCCGCCCUCGUCCUCCUGCGCAGCACGCACACGGGCGCGACGCCCUGGGCCGCCGCAGUCCUCCUCGGCACGAGCGUCGGCGCCCCCCUCGUCAGAGGGUGGCUCGUCAUUCGGUACAAGGACCGCUUGAGCGGGCCGUGGGACGCCGCCGUGCCCAAAGUUGGCGGCGGCGGCGAGGGCGGGUGA